GAUUCUCUUUUCAAGUCAUUGAGACAAAAAGUGGCUAUGGCAAAUAACAUUUUGGUGACUGGUGGUGCUGGUUUUAUUGGAAGCCACACUGUGCUAGAGCUACUAGUGGGAGGCUACAAUGCAGUGGUGGUGGACAAUCUCAACAAUUCCUCUGACGUUGCCAUCACAAGAGUCAAAGAUCUCGCCGGCCGGUACGGCAACAACCUUUACUUUCACCAGCUUGACCUUCGAGACAAACCUGCGCUGCAAAAUGUAUUUACGGAAAGAAAAUUUGACGAUGUCAUACACUUUGCUGGACUGAAAGCCGUAGGUGAAAGCAUGAAGAAACCAUUGAUGUAUUACAGCAACAAUAUCGUUGGGGCAAUCACGUUGUUGGAAGUAAUGGAAGCCUAUGGAUGCAAAAAUCUAGUAUUUUCAUCAUCAGCUGCCGUCUACGGUUGGCCAAAGGAGGUUCCAUGUAGAGAAGAGUUCCCUGUGUCUGCCAUCAAUCCUUAUGGAAGAACCAAGCCUAUAAUUGAAGAGAUUUGUAGGGACAUACAACAUGCAGACCCAGAGUGGAAGAUCAUAUUGCUGAGAUACUUUAACCCUGUUGGUGCACAUCAAAGUGGCUAUAUCGGAGAACAUCCCCGUGGAACUCCAAACAAUCUGUUGAAGCAUUGGCCUGCAAUGCAACAUUGAACCAGCAGCAGCUCAUGAAGAUUGGCAGCAAUGAAGCAGAACCGAAUGCAGCAGCUGUCCUAGGAUCAUUUUGUUAUUUUGUUGCUAUGUAACUUAGUUUAGUUACUUUGUAACUUGAUAUCUAAGUUGGUAGAUUUUAGAUUUAAAAUUUGUUGAUGUAAUGGCUGGCCAUACCAGCUUGCUUUUGCUUGUAGUUUAAGUUGAUUUAGUUAGACUUAGUGGGAGUAGUUCAGUUAUUAGGUAAUGGUCAUUUGACCUUGUAACUUUGUAUUUAUAUUUUCAUUCAUGUUCAAUGAAGUGUGAUGGCUGAUCUCUCAUCCAUUUUCAAGCUCAAGUUUUCUUAGUUUCUUUUGCUUGUUCUCAACACCACUUACCAUCACCGGUAAUCACCAUCUCAACAUCACUUACCAUCACCGGUAAUCACCUUCUUUCCAUCAUCGGUAAUCACCUUCUAUACCAUUAUCGGUAAUUACCUUCCUUUGUUCCAACAUUUGAUAUCAAGCGCCUAAAUCUUUGAGGACCUCUGUUGUUGGUGUUCUUUUUUUUGUGGAAAGAAAGCUUGAGAAAGAAAGAAACUAUUUUUUGUUGGUCUGUUUGUUUGCUGCAAAGAUGAGCUUUACACCACCACCACCUGUGUUUGUUGGAGAAAACUACCACAUUUGGGUAGUAAAGAUGAAGACAUACCUCCAAGCAUAUGAUUUGUGGAGUGUAGUCGAGAAUGAUGCUGAACCACCUCCAUUGAGGGCCAAUCCAACCAUUGCACAGAUGAGGCAACACAGUGAAGAGUGUGCCAAGAAGCAUAAAGCAAUGGCCUGCUUGCAAAACGGUGUACAUGAUGUGAUUUUCACUCGGAUCAUGACUUGUAGCACACCCAAGAAAGCAUGGGAAAGGCUAAAGGAGGAGUUUAUGGGGUCAGCAAAGACAAAGCAACAGCAACUUAUCAACCUUAGGAGAGACUUUGAGACUUGGAUCUUAUUCAAAGGUUAGUCUUAUAUAUCUUGGAUUUUUUAGUUUGAUGUGUAGUGUUAAUUUGUGAUGAAUUAUGCUUUUUUGAGGUAAAUUUUAGCUACCAUUACCAAACUAUCUAGUCAGUGGUGAAUUUAGAGGGGCUGGCAUGAGCCCGGCCCUCUUAAAAUAUAAAA